AUGUCCGGUGCUGGUGCUUCAAAAGCUCACGUAUCAUCACAGUUGGGUUGUGAUUGUUGCGACACAAUACCUGAUUCUCAGGACUGUGUAGCCAUACAGGGACGGCCUCAGAUCGACCUGUUAGUUUCUAGUCCAAUAUCAAGUUCCUGCUCCUCGUUUUGUUUCCAAGCAUUCGCCCCCCAUGGGAUAUCAGGUUUGACCAAGCUGAAAAUGUCAACACAAGCAACAGCCCUCGAAGAAGCUGUUUUCACCUGCGGCGACAGCGACAGGGAAACGAAGUGCGGGGGAACUAGUCGCAGAAGCCAAGAGCUGCUGUAA